CAACACGUGGUGCUUGGUGGCCUUAACAAACUCUACGGCAGGGUUUACAGGUAGCUGUCAUAUUUCUGUUCCAGUUCUCUGUGGUUGGAGGAUAGUCAGUGAGUUGAGGCAGUUUGAGCUUCCGAUUGGUCUACCACAGAAUGAAUCAGAGAAGAGGAGGUCAUAGGUGAGAUCAUCAGGGACCACCAUGGUGGAACAAAAGGCCGGGACAUCAAAACAGGCUCCUGGGCACAGGAAACUGUUAUUCUUUGUGGCAUGGCAUGUUGCUUCUCUAACCUAUGAAUUCAACUACAGUGAUCAGUUGUGUCAGGGUAAGUAGCAACCUAGGUAUGAGAAGGGUCAGCUGCAGGGAGAUAAUUGCUUCAUGGAAAGGAUAGGAUGUGACUGUGACUUCUGUGCUAAGUCCCUGGUCUCACCCUUCAAUGCUCAAAUGUGCCCCUCUCCCUGUAGAGGUGCAGGAGUUAAUGCCCACACAGCUCUUCCCAGUGCUGACCUGCUCUGCAGCCCAGGGGAAGAUGAGCAGAGCAUGCCAGUCUGUUUUCAGAUAGCAUAGCAACAACCACUGGUGCUAAGAAGGCUUUUACCAGAAAUCUGUGGGCGGAAACUUCCAGGGGUUCGCUCUGCGCUGAUGAGGUUUCUCUGCUUAAGAUGCUAAGUGAGUGGGUGCCUCUCUCAAACGUAGAAAGAGAGGACAAGAGAGAGGUGUUUCCCUUGGCCAUGGAAACUCUAUAAAGACCGAGCCAACUUUUCUCUUCUGCAGUCAGCACCAGGGGACCUGUCUGUGAUGCCUCAGCCUGCACAGGACUGAGAGAAGUGAAAAUCUUUGCCACGCUGGCCCAAGUCACUAGCAGCCAUGCAGCAGCACCCAAAUUACCCAUAUCCCCAGAUCUACUGGGUAAAUAACAGUACCAACUCUGCCUGGGCCCCUCCAGAGCCAGUUUUCCCCUGCCUGUCCUCUAGGCCUGGUCAAAGGAGGCCACCGCCGCUGCCACCACCGCCACCGCCACCGCUGCCACGGCUGCCCCCACUGCCACCGCCACCUUUAAAGAAGAGGAGGGAGCGCAACACAGACUUGUAUCUCUUUGUGAUGUUUUCCAUGGUGCUCGUGGCCCUGGUUGGACUGGGGCUGGGAAUGUAUCAACUCUUCCACCUCCAGAAGGAGCUAGCACAGCUCCGUGAGUCCACCAGCCAAAGUCACACAGAAUCAUCUCUGGAGCAGCAAGUAGGACACCCCAGUUCACCCUCUGAAGAAAAGCAGCCGAGGAGAGUGGCCCACCUGACAGGCAAGCUCCACUCCAGGUCCAUCCCUCUGGAAUGGGAAGACACCUACGGAAUUGCCCUGAUCUCUGGAGUGAAGUAUAAGAAGGGUAGCCUUGUGAUCAAUGACACUGGGCUAUACUUUGUAUAUUCCAAAGUAUAUUUCCGGGGUCAGUCUUGCGACAAUCAGCCCCUGAGCCACAAGGUCUACAUGAGGAACUCUAGGUAUCACCAGGAUCUGGUGUUGAUGGAGGGGAAGAUGAUGAGCUACUGCACUACUGGCCAGAUGUGGGCCCGCAGCAGUUACUUGGGAGCAGUGUUCAAUCUCACCAGUGCUGACCAUUUAUAUGUCAACGUCUCAGAGCUCUCUCUGGUCAAUUUUGAGGAAUCAAAGACAUUUUUUGGCCUAUAUAAGCUCUAGGAAAGGCAGUUUAGGAUUUUCCCCACUAUGGUUCCUUGUGAGAAGCCCCGGGAGUACUGUCCAGAAUGAGAGUCUUAAACCUGCUGGAGGUUGAGAAGACACGAACCACAGAGACUUCGAGUAAACAAGGUCCAGCAGGUCUGUAGUUCCUCGCUUCACAUAAGAUCCGUGAGACAGACGAGAAGAGGAACAGGACUGACUUACACAAAGCUCUGGGCUGCCUCAUGGGGAUGUGAAGGCAUAGAGAAGCAGCUGUCCAGUGUUCUAGACUCAUGUGGCCAAGAACGUUUUAGCACACGGAAAAGGGCAGCCUUUAACUCACCUCCGAGGGAGGGUAUGUUUGCUACCUCAGGGAGCCGUCUUUCAGAUAUGUGGCUGUGACAUGAAUGUGUGAGGGAUGGAAAAGGAGGACCAGUCUUGCAUAAGCUAAAGAGACUGAAGGAAUGCCAUGCCCCACUGGUACCAUUUUCACUUUUAUAUGCUCAUCCUGAGCCACCAGGUGAUGCUAACAGAGAAACCAGAGGAUCUUCUGGGGGGUCCAGUCCAUUUCCUACACAGCAUGUAUAUUUCCAGUACAGUUGUAAGGGUGUGUGUGUGUGUGUGUGUGUGUGUGGAAGACAGAAGAGAGAGAGGGAGAGAUUUAAAGAGUCACAUAA